AUGAUUGUUGUACCAGACCUCACUCCGGAGGAGUUUGAGGAUACCAAAAAGCGGAUAGUGAACAUGAAAGUCGCGCAGCUAAAGACCGUUCUCAAAUCUAUAGGUCUCGUCAUCCAAGGUGUGAAAAAGGACCAACAAGAGCGUUUAAUCACGUAUCUUGAAUUGCGGCGAAACAACCAGGACAAGGCCGCUGUCCUUGCCAUACGCCACUUGAUAUUGCAGUGUAUGAACCUGAUGCCUAUCUCGCAGUUCCUGGACUUGUAUCACGCUAUUGACAGCGGUGGGUAUGUGCCUAGCUCAAGUCCGCAGCUUCAUUCGAACCCGAUGCUCACCAUGCACAGCAACGACUCCAUAGCAUACAAGGGCCAUUCGCUAUUCUUUGUUGAAAGCCCGUUUUACAAACUAAAGCGCCAAAUCCACGGAUCGCCCCAAAUUGUGCAUGCGCGCGGGAAGUCUGCUAAUUUCAGGUUUGUAUUUAAGCAAGACGAAUGGAACAUGCUCAAGAACAAGGAUCCAAAUGUACGACUAUAUCUCCUUUGCGGAAGACAGUCGUCUUCCGACACAAGGAGUUCAAGUGCCGUGGAACAAAAUUACCCUACCCGUGCAAAUAUUUAUUUUGACAAAGAGAUUGUGAAGCAGAACUUUAGUGGUAAUGCUGCAAAGCCAGGCACGGCAAAGCCUGUAGACGUGACAAAGUAUAUCCUGGCGCCUCCCAAGCAGAAUUUGAUUCAAAUGCAUUACGAAAGUGCCGACGGCAACCCGUACUUUAUGUACUUGUACAUUGUCGAGACAGUGCCCAUCGAAGACCUUUUGAAGCAAAUCAUCUCGAAACCAAAGAUUAGCAAGUUUCACACGAUUGCUGGAAUCAAGAGUGGGAAUGAUACAGAUGAUAUCGUAAUGUCUGACACUCAACUAUCGCUCAAGGAUCCUAAUACGUAUUCAAAGAUCAAGUAUCCAACAAAGUCGAUAUACUGCGAUCAUGUGCAAUGUUUCGACGCAUUCAUGUUUUUGUCGAUGCAGUUACAGUCUCCCAGCUGGGAGUGCCCGUUUUGCAAUAAAAGGUUGCAGAUGGAUAGCUUGGCGACAUGCGAGUAUUUCCAGGAGAUUUUACAAGCAGCAGAUGAUAAAGUCGAAAGAGUCACGAUUGCCAAGGAUGGCAAGUGGGAACCACUUGUUGAAAAAAAGAAAAACAGUAGGAGGAAUACUCGGGAAAAGAGUAAGGAAAAGAGUAUGGAACCCACUACUACGGCUACGGCUACGGCUACGGCUACUGCUACUGCUACUGCUACGGCUACUGCUACUACUAAUACUACUGUUGAAGAACGACCCCGUCCUCCCGUAAUCGAAAUUGUGGAGUUGUCGAGCGACUCCGACUCCGACGAUGAAGAUUUGACUUUCGCGAUCCCUCGCGCCAACUCGCGGUCUACCAUUAGCAGGAUUGAAUCAUCAGAUGAUGAGGAAAAAGCCGUCGCGCUGACGCUGAAUGCGAAUGUCGCAGCAUCCGUCAAGCAGGUACCCGCUGGCGGGAUUGAUGCAAAUAGAAUAAAUGGUUCACAUCGAAACCAAAGCGUGAGUGGACAGCAACAAACUUUUGUGCCGCAUCCUUUUAUCCAACCAAAUCCACAGCAACAAAGCUUGCAGAAGGAGCAAGUUGGCGCUCACGAAAUGCAGCACCCUUCGCAUCCCUCGCCGCGAAUAUCUGCUGCUGCGAAUUAUUCUGGACCACCGGUUGACAAGACUUGUUUCCCCGAUUUGAGUCCUUUGCAAUUGGGGGCCCAAGUUUCCACCAAUUCAAAAACCAGCUCAGCUCAGGCCUCCGGCCACGUGCAACAAUUGAAACCACUGCUAGCGUAUACAGGACUACCGCAUCAUCAGAGACAGCCUCAAGACCAAAGUCAAGGUCAGAGCCAGCACACUUUAAAUUUUCAAGAACGCUCUCAACAGCAAGCCCAUUGGCCCGUUCAAUCUCUGGAAGUGCUUCUUCAACAGCAAGCCGCUCAGCCACCUCUGAUAUCAUUCCAGCGCCUUCCAAGCAUCCAUAAUCUACCGACGGAUCUGCCUGAAGGGCAACCAUCAACCCGAACCGAGCUGCAGACUCAAAUACAAGCAAAUAAUGUACUGGUUGCUUUUCCUGGGCUGAAUGUUGCCGGGAGUCAGUCGGCAACGUUCCAACCCGUUCCACCUCCGCCGAAAAGCCAAAAGCUGUCGAUUUCAUCUGCUGCACUGGCUUCCACUCGGCUGGAUCGUAACCAGACCACCAUCCCCGUGGGCCAGAGAAAAGCUCACUUGAUAACUGGUAUGGAAGAAAGUGCUGAUCAAACUAUCCGUCUGCAAGGGUUAGGGUCUGGCUCGAUUGGUGUGGUGACCUCCCGCGAUCACGCUCACGGUCACGGUCACGGUCACGAUCACGGUCACGGUCGCACUCACCCUGCUCAACCUGCUCAACCAAUGAAUAAAAUCACGGGGGAGCAAAUUCCCAAUAAUCACUAUUUUCCCACACAACCAACAUCAACUGGUGUCUUUUCUGAUUCUCGAGACAAGGUGCAGGGACGUCAAUCGGAAAUCAUUGAUGCCCCGAGAGCAAUAGCAGCUCUUGAUGUCCAUGUCCAUGUCCAAGAACCGCAACCGCAACUGCAACCGCAACCGACUCUCGGUUCCAAUGACAUUUCAACGUCCGGUGUUUCAUUGCCUCGUUUUCAACAUCCGAAGGGCACAAAGAUUUCUACUCCCAGUUUGACUACACUGGUUGGAGUUACGAUAAACAUGCAGGAGCAGCAGCACAUGCGCCAACAAUUGCAGGAAGCAGACAGGGUCAAUUUUUCUUCGUCAGCGACAGGGACUAAUGCAGCACAACAAUUCCCACGUCAGCGUUCCAUGACCGACUUUCCAGAUUUGAGCAAAAGUAUUCUCUUUGGAGGUUCAGCUCAAUUCGAGACCGCACAAAAAUCAAAUACUGCGACAAGAACUGUUUCAGACGAGCUAGCAGUAGGCCGAUCUUCCGGGAACAUGCUGAGUUUCGUCCGCAACGACAAUUCUGAGUCGGAAACUACACGCAUCCAGCGCACACUGCAAAAGCUUCCCAGCAUAUCUGCUGCUAGCACCUUAGGGGAUGGCAGCAAAAAUGAGCAAAUGCCUACGCUGGGCUCCUUUGCAACAACUCAAGCACCCUCGCUGCUGUUCUCACCAGAUCCGCAAAAAUCUUUCACAGAGGCUCAUUCUAAUGGCCAUGCACACUCCAUUAUUGAGCAAAAGAGGAAUUUGACCGAAAUCUCAAGCUUUAUACAAGAAUACGAUAGAGAAUCUUGGAACUUGUGGUCGGAACUUGACCAUAGACUAAGAUUCGAAUCCGACGAAGUCAGAGCAUUGCGCUUGAGUGAGCUUGCUCAGAGAAGAAGUGAGCAAAAGAAGAAGAAAUUUGCUGAAUUGUUUUUUCGGAGCAAUAAUAUCCAUCCCAUGAAGCCUGGGCCUCUAGUCAUGCAAGCCAUUAGCAACCCAAGCCUAGAGGGAAGGGUAGAGCGUGUGGAGAGAGGAGAUGUAGUUAAUGGAAAUUUUGACGGGCGUCCAGCGCCAAGCGCUCAACUCACCACGCCACCGGUUUCACAGAAUGAUGAGCUGGUCACGGUCACAGACACGGUCAAAACAACAAAAUUGGUCCCAUUUAGUCAGGUUGAGGACACCAUCAAGAGGCUGGAAAAACCCUUACUUCAAGCCUCAACGGGAUCACGUCAAACCUCCCUCCCGAGCUUGUCGGAGGUUGAUGCAAACGCUUUGCAAACUUCAAAGAAGCGAGAGCUUGUUCAUAAUGACAACGAAACCGCUCUAAAAUUACAGAAAAAUUGGGCAUCUUCCAACCUUUCAAUCGGAGCACCUUUGUCUUUGUCUUUGUCCUUGUCUUUGAGAGUACCAGAAAACCAGACUCAGUCUCAAGUUUCAGAUCUGCAGAGCAGCGAUCCAACGACCUACCCCUCAAUAAGAGCCAACGACUCGUACUUGUUCAAUCAAUCGCUCAAACAACUGCUUAGCUCACCACACAAUCUUUGCGAAUCGCAAGACAAAGCAAUCACUGCAAAUGGUGCAAACCAAAAGACCUCAAGUGCAUUGAUGCUUCAAAAAAACACAGUGUUAGCAGUCCAGAGUCAUGGAGAGAAUAAUCUGCAAACGUCGGCUGUUGCUCCUCCUCCCCUUCCUCAUCCUUCUCCUUCUCCCCCAUUACCGCCAAGUGUGACGAAAGAAUUGAGCUUGUCAUGUCCCGAAGAAGAGUUUCAAUUGUCUUUGUUUGAGCUGACCAAAAAGGCACGCGUGGUGCGAAAUAACCAGGUCAAACCAGACACGCUAGGUUUCUUACUAUGGCGGACGGGAUCCAAGGACGGUUACACAUUCACAGAGGAAUUUGAACACACUCCGUUUUUCGGCAAAGAGAGAGAUUUGGAUAGGAUGCUGGCGUCAGCGUUGUGGGAAGAAAUGAAGAAAAUGGAUAGGCUAAGCGUCGACUUGCGAACGAAAAAAGUUCCUUGUACAUCCAGCAAUCCAAUUCUUAUAGACCUAAGCGAUGACGAACCGUGA